CUAGGGGGCGGCAGACAAAAACCGAUGAUGUUUAACAGUAAAACACUUCCGGUUUGUAGCUCAGUUUGUAAACAAACAUGAGGGCAAAACCAUUGGCAAAACUGGCGUAGGGCUACUUCGUCUUACAAUAGUCUCGCGGCUAGUGGUUACUCGGUUUCCGUGUUUAUCCUGCAACAUAUUCGCCCUCUUUUCGGCCAUGCUGUUCCUCCGGGCUGCGGCUCUCAGCUGCAGAGGUCUGCCCGCUCUGCGCUGCCUGCCCGCCGCCUACACCGGCUCCAGAACCACCGCUAACGUCACAUACAUCCAAGGCCAGAGCCCGGUACCACGUAUCCGUGAAUACUUCUACUAUAUUGACCACCAAGGGCAGCUUUUCCUCGACGACACUAAAGUGAAGAACUUUGUCACCUGCUUCAAAGACAUAAAGUUCCUGAUCUUCUUCUUCAGUCGGCUGUGCUCCAAUCAGAGUGGUCGCUAUGAGGAGGACUUCCCCUUCUUGUCCCUGUGUGGCAGGGAGAGGAACUUUGUGCGCUGCGAUGACCGUCCCAUUGUCUUCACCCACCUGCUGCAGAGUCCCGCGACGUCGCCGGGAAUCACGGGAAUCACGGGAGAUCAGGAGCUGCUGUCGUACUGCGGCGGGGCGGAGAAGCUGUCGGCCCCGUUCCGCCCGGAGGCGCUGUACAUGCAUCCUGUCAGCGGGCGAGUUUACCACCCCUGCUCAGAGCGCGGAGGGGGGGUCGGCCUGGUCAGGUCGGCUCUGGCCAUCGAGCUCAGCCCCUUCUUUGUUUACGCUACGGAGCACGGCCAAUCAGGACAGCCGACACACUUUCUCUGGGGCGGACAGAAGCACACGCUGACCAAUGAGCUCGCAGGAUGCUUCCCCACUGCGGAAGAGGGCAGCGGGCAGAAGGAUGAACUGGGAUAACGACCAGAACUGGUCAAAAGUGUGCCUACGAUUUUUUUGUAAGCAGUCAGUGUUCCGUACUGGCACUGGGAAAAGACGACCAUGUUCUCACAGUUAUCACUAUGUGAUCGUUACUGUUGAAGCCUGAGCCAAUGUUUUUCUCCUAUCUUAGUUUAUGUGAUGUGUGAGAUAUUCACUGAUGAUGUAGAGUGUCCCUGGCGUUUUGUGGCUUGAGGCUACUCAAACAUAGCAGUGUCUCCCCUCACUACAGGUUGCAGUUUAAAAAAAAAUCCCUUUUAGAUUCCCUGGACUAAUCUGAAUCAUAUUUAUGGUCCUGAAGUGGAAUAACUAUCCAGAAUGUCACUAUAAAAAAGCAAGGAUUAGGGAACUGUCUGAAAAAGAUUAACACACAAUACCUUUUUUUUUCUUUCUUUCCUUUCCUGUUAAUCCUUAAAAAAUGUUAGAUUUAUCAUCCGGACACUGAGGUCGGAGAGGAUAAAACUACAGCGGUUGAGAGACAGCAAGAGACUGAAAGGUGCUUUUGUUUAUUUUUUAUUUUGUGACACAAA